AUGGGGUCAGAUGUGUUUGAGCUGAUUGGCAAUACCGCCCUUUACGAGGUGCUCGGUGUCCCGAGGACCGCAACAGACGCAGAAAUCCGCCGUGCGUACUACAAGCUUGCGGUUGUAUACCACCCCGAUAAGAAUCCUGAGGGUGUAGAGGUCUUCAAGGAGGUCAGCUUCGCGCACAGCAUACUUUCCGAUCCCACGCAGCGUGAAAUGUAUGAUAACCAGCGCCUUCGCACCCACAUUGAGGGACAGGCGCGGAAAUAUGAUCCGAUGAUGGAUCCCAAUGUCGAGCUGUCAGCGGAGGAGCUCCGCCUGUUUGUGGAGCGGAAGCGCAAGGAGGAUGAAGAGAAGAUGAGGAACCGGAGUGAAUUCGAGAAACAGCGUGAGGAGGAGAUGCGCCGCCGAGCUGAGUAUGACGCUCAAAAUCCUGACUUUAAGGCCGAGUACGAGCGAAUGCGUGCUCGUGCAAAGGAAGAGGGGUCUCAGCGUGCGUCUGCUGCGUCAGCCAUGCGCCAUUUAACCACUGCAGAGUUGAUGCAACGCCUAGAAAUGAAGCAGCAGGAGGCAACGAAUUCUGGUAUUGGCCGCGUGAGGAGCGGGGACCCCGGCAAGAGCGGAGCAAAUCCCAGUUCGGGUUUGUCAUCAAUAAAACGAAGCAUGUUGAACGAUUUCCGUACACGCCACGACAGCGCCCCACCGACUGCGGAGAGCAUGCAGUUGAGAGCACAGCCCCCCGCUCAGAGUAGUCGACUGGACUUUGUAGGGAAGCAGAAUGAAAAAUCGUAUACAUGUGAGAUGGAGAAACUCAUUGGGAAGUAUUCGAACUUUAACUAUAGAGACUUUGUUGAGAAGGGGAUCGUCGAUGGCGAUGGUGUUAUGGAAGCUGCCAUCUUAGCCGACGCCCUGGGAAACUAUGACCGAAGUAGAUAG